AUGCAAGGCUAUCAGAGGAAUUUCGAGGAUCAACAAAGGGAUCAGAGGGAGGAAGAGACGAUCGUGGUGGAUCUUGUGCCUCCGCAGUAUCAGCUCAGCCCUCCGCAUAGUCCGCCGCCGGGAAACAUGCCGAAGACGCCAGAAAAAGAUUCGUCGCCUUCGCAGCAACAGCAACAGUCGUUAUCCUUCAUGGACCCGAACGUGAAGAGAUACAGGACAGCGUUUACGAGGGAACAGUUGUCGCGAUUGGAGAAAGAAUUUCACAGAGAGAAUUACGUGACCAGGCCCAGGAGAUGCGAAUUAGCCAAAGACUUACAGCUGCCGGAAUCCACGAUCAAGGUCUGGUUUCAAAACCGUCGCAUGAAGGACAAACGUCAGAGGAUGGCGAUGCCGUGGCCGUACGCCAUGUACACGGACCCAACGCUAGCCACCCUGUUGGCAGCCACGGUGACACUGCCACCACCCCCGUACCACGGCGCUCCGGGUCUGCCACCGACCCACCUGGCCCCGAACUACCCCGCAGCUGCAGCUGCAGUCUAUUACGCGGCCAGAUACACGCCAUAUCCCGGUGCAGUGCCCACGACAAGCGCGUCGUCCCUUCAUCGGCCGCAUCCGCGCACAGCAGCAGCUUACCCGGCGCACCCUCAUCUCCUUCAGCCUCACCCUUCGCUCCAACCCCUACAUCUAUCAGGCCUGGGCGUUCCUACGGUAGGCAACACCGCCUUCCAGGUGAACAGCCCACCCACGAGCGCGUCGACCACCUACAGACCGACCUUGCUACCCGAGCUCAGUCCUGCUCAUUCGGACGCGUCGAGCGACUGCGACUGCGUCGGGACGCAGCCACAUCACCCGCAUCACGCCGGAAACGGCCAGCAGAUACACGACAAGACCACCCCGCCACCCAGCACCCAUCCAACCCCUCAGAUCAAGCUACCGACAGGGAUCAGCAUCGCUGGCCUACCCACUAGUAUCCAGGCGAUCAGCGGGUUCGAAGGGAAGAAUUCGUACAACGGUAUCGUGUCCACGCCGACCAAGAUCGAACCACCGAAACUGUUCCAGCCGUAUAAGAACGAUAUAUCCGAGAGAGCGUAA